CAAAGUAAGUAGGUUUUCUCUAGCUUUCCAAUUCAAUUAGCCGGCGAGGGGAGACCGCUCCGCUCCGCAGCGACUGUCGCAUUCAUAUCAGCAACUCCAGAGUGCUUUUCACUGUGAAUUACGCAAGGUUGGAUACCGGCGUGGGGGCGGGUAUUAAACACCGUUUUGUCGUGUUCGCGUCCCAGGAGUGUUCACAGCACGUGGGAUCCUCAGAAUUGGACUGGACGGGUUUCUGAAUAAGAGGACGGAUUUUCAGCGUGCAGGUCAGGUGCGCAUCCCGGCAGAUGCGUCUCUCCAUGGAUGCCAAAGUCUCUUUUCAAAGUGGUGUGUGCCAGUGCCUCCCUUUGCGUCUGACGGUUUUAUACUUCUGUUGUGGGAAUUGAUUUUUUUUUAUGUAGGCUGUAUAUUCAUAACUUUGACAUUUACGGCCAUACGCACAGCGGCAGUGGGUGGGCUGGACGUCGCACAGGUGAAAAGUGCGGAUACAGGCUCCUUGCCGUCGGUCGUGACUCUCCGGGACUUCUGUGAAAAGGGAAUCCUCGGGACAGCAUGGAUGUUUGUAAAGGUCGCUUGCUCGGCAUUUCGGUGGCUGUAGCGCACGGCUUCUUUUCGGGCUCUUUGAACAUUUUGUUAAAAUUUCUCAUCACCACCUACCACUUCAACUACCUCACUCUCAUCCAGUUCUUGACGAGCAGCACUGCGGCGCUGACGCUGGAGGUCCUGCGAAGACUGGGCAAAGCCGAUAUACCGCCGUUCAGCUUGCAGUUGGUCAAAGUUUUCUCCGGCGUCUGUAUUUUAGCCAUCUUGCAGUCGACCCUCACGCUAUGGUCACUCCGCGGUCUCAGCUUACCCAUGUAUGUGGUUUUCAAGCGAUGUCUCCCCUUGGUGACGCUGACCAUUGGUGUUUUGGUUUUAAAGAACGGGAUUCCCUCUGUCGGAGUGAUAGCGGCGGUCUUGAUCACCACCACAGGAGCAGCGCUGGCAGGCGCGGGUGACCUGACCGGCGACCCCUUUGGCUACGUGACGGGCGUGCUGGCGGUGAUCAUCCACGCCUCCUACCUGGUGCUGAUCCAGAAGGCCAGCGCGGAGAGCGAGCACGGCCCGCUCACGGCCCAGUACACCAUCGCCAUCGUGGCCUCACCGGUGCUGCUGGUCUGCUCCUUCGUCAGCAUGGACGCCAUCGACAUGUGGACGUACGACGGCUGGAGCAACCCGCGCAUCACCGGCAUCUUCAUCACCUGCAUCGUGAUCGGCUGCGCCAUGAACUUCACCACGCUGCACUGCACCUACAUCAACUCGGCCGUCACCACCAGCUUCGUGGGCGUGGUGAAGAGCAUCGCCACCAUCACGGUGGGCAUGCUGGCCUUCACCGACGUGGAGCCCACCAACCUCUUCAUCUGCGGCGUGGUGGUCAACACCGUGGGCUCCGUCACCUACUGCGUGGUCAAGUACUUCGAGACCAAGAAGAAGCUCAACUACCAGGACAUGGACGAGGCCACCAAGGAAGGGGACGGGCCCGAGGAGCCCGCCGGACAGCCUUACACGGAGCCCCCUCCGCCGGAGGAGGGAGGAGGAGGAGGAGGAGGAGAGGAGACGGGGACGACGGUGACGGUGGACGGGGGCUCCCUGCCGAAUGGGAGCUUGGCUGCCGGGGCGCUGAGUGGAAGCGGUGACCACCACGCCCCCUUUCCCGCCCUGGAGCACACCGCCGAGGAGUCCAUUGAGAUGCAGAAACAGGCCUACUUUCAGGAGGGUGGCGAACCAGUUGCCCAGCCCCAGACGAUGAGUGACAGCUACCUUGGGGGGGUGUUGCGGGGUGUUGCGGUUCGCCCGUUGAACUUCAUGAAAAAGGACACCCUGCUGGACAAUAUGGAAGUGCAAAGUCCUUGAUAUGGGAUGUGUUUGUCUUUUUAUUAUUAUUAUUUGUGGUUGAAAGGCUGCAUGUUGUGUCCGUUUUUUUAUGUCACCGAAUGAGUCUUGGAGAGUUGUCUGUAUUCAGUUUUUUUUGUUGCUGUUUUUUUUCCUCUUACACGUGGUCUUAUAAGAAGUGUUUUUUAAAACAAAAAUCUAUCUGAUGGGUUUGUACAAACAAGAACGGGUCAUAUCAGGUAUUUCUAAAUGCAUUAAGGCAUAAGUGCAUUGAAAUGUUUUAUACUGAGUUUUCAGUAGUGGCAACAUGAUCUGUGCAGGGAAUACACGUAGGAAAGCAACCAAGGCAUCAGAACAAGUGGAUGGGUCAGCUCUGGCUCUCUCUUCAAGUUAAAAUACCUAGCCUGGUUCUCACAGACAGUGCGUGUAUGUAUACAAACUACCGUCUGGUAGCUCUGCUGUUAACAUGCUCUUCUCGAGUCAGAAAAUGAAUGGUGCGUUUAUUGCAACUCACCACCAAUAAAUUCCUCCAAAAACGUUUUCUGUUCAUCUCUAAAGAGUCCAUAUAGUCCAUAAUCUGUCUUGUGACUCAUCAAUGCGAGCUGCCUUUGAUAUUUAAGCAAUAAAUGCUCCGUUUAUUUUCUACUCGAGAAGAGCAUGUUUAAUGGCAGCGCUACCAGACGGUAGUGUGUGCAACUCCGCUCCACCAGGGGGCUCCGGAGCUACACACACGCACCGUCGGUGAGAACCAGGCUAUAAAAUACCAACCUUUUAAAGACAUCUUGUAUUGACUGUACUGUAACUAUAAGAACAUGAAUUGGUUGUGUUACGUGUACGUAACUCAGAACGGGGAAAAAAAGAUAUAGUGGUUAUCAUUUUUUAAUUCUGAUUUGUUUACUUAUUUUAUUGUCUUGCACGUGAUGUAAAUGCCUGUCUGGAUUUGUGCAAUCUUUAACAGUGAGACUUUUGUUGAGAUACAAGGAGCAACAGUGUUUUACAUUUGCACGUUUAAUGCAAAGUAAAGUCAAGAUGAGUUUCGUAUGAGAAAUGCCUGUUCUCUUAAUGCUGGGUCUAAGUUCCAAUGGACCAUCCGUGACCAUAAGUGACCUGGUAAUCGCUUUUUUUGCCAUGUUGUCUUACCACUGAGAAACGCUUCUGAAUUGCUGAUAGGGUCUGCUUAAAGGGGUAUGCCACUAUUUUGGGGCUUAAUACAGUUAAAAUCGUUGGCCAGGGUUUAUAAAGGUGGUAAAAUGUCUUCUUUUUCCUGUAAGCCAUUGUCUUGCUUUAAGACAAGUUA